UUUGGAAUGUGUUUUCAGCAGUGAUACAUUUCAGAGCUCAGUCUGAGCCUGGCUGCGUUGUGGAAAGGUCACUCCUUGCCUGGCUCCACAAGGCGAGAGCUGAUCUCCGGCAGGUCUGGGGGAGGACCGUGUUAUAACCAGUGGGAAGUGCUGUCAGUUUCCCUAGCGCAGGCGAGGCUUGGAGCAAAAGCUGUUACCCAGAGUCCAGCUCUUUAUGCACCUUUCCCUUAUCCAUGCUGCUAUCUGAGGCCCAGGAGGCCGCCAGGGUGAAGAGAUCAUUGGGAGCCCGGUGGUAGCACCCACUGCUGAGGCAUUAGCAGCAGAGUCCAAGCAGAACAUCUCCUUGAGCCGCUGCUCCUCUGUCCAGCAUCCCCAGGGCUGACAACCACAGAGCAAGGAACUCUGGGGGCCUGCUUACAGAACCAGGGGCCCAGUGACCAGACAGAAACAAGGCACAAAAGCACGGAGCAGGAGCCAGUUCCAUGCUCAGUUGAAUUCAGGACUUUUAAAAACAUGCUUUGGUGGAGUUUUUGUCAAGACAGUGGGGCACAGCCUGCUGCAGGAAGAGAUGGAAAGUGCUGUUUGGAAGGCAAAGAAGAGGGUCCUCCCGCCAUGGAUGGCAGUGAGGGAAGUGGAGCCAAGAAAGACUAUGUCAGCAGUGAGAGCCAAGAGGGUGAAGAAGCCAGCUGUGGCAAGGACCGUGACUGUCUAUUGUAUGAACGAAGCGGAGCUGGUGGACGUGGCAUUGGGGGUCCUGGCUGAGAAUUGUAAAUACAAGGAAAUGGAGGGGAAUGUUCCAUCUGAAACAGAAGGGGAGCAGGAAAGCCAGCAAACACCGAUGGAGCCUCAGUGGAGUCCAGCAAGCAGUGGCGGGGCCAGCACCCCCAGGCCAGACCCCAGGCCCUGCGCUCAGCCAGAUACUUCGGGCUGUACUAGCAGGACAGACACUGAGGACGACGAGGAUGAUGCUUUGAAAUACGUCCGGGAGAUAUUUUUCAGCUAACGUCUUGUGGAGUUUUUUUUAAGCAGAGCAAAAAUAAUACCAAGGGAGAGGGUGAGGCAGACCCAGAGGCUGGCUCCAGUGGGUGGGGAUACAGCAGUGUGGGGCUGUAUGGGUGCCCCCAAUGUCCUCCCAAUUCAAAGGGAGCCUGGAGCUGUGGGGUGGAUGGGGCCCCAGGAGAAGGGAGCAGGUGAGAAUGUCUGAGAGGAGCUCGCCCUUGUUCUGCCAUGAGCUGCAUGGCCAAUGUCUGGUUCAAGUACAGCCCUUGCCCAGCCUCUCACCUACCCCCUUCAUAGCCUCUUCCUUGUGAGCCACGGGUCCCCUCCUCUGCAGGCCAGCUCCCCAGCUGAUACUAAGUGGCCUCCUGAGUGUCAUUCUCUUCCCAGAAGUCAUGGAGACUGAACUCUCCUCCUCCAUGGAGUGGAGCUCGGCAGGGCAGGGCAGGCACUUGAAGGUGUGGGGGAGACUUGCUGUGUAGCAACCCAUGAUCUGUGAGUAAACAGUUUGUUCUGCAGGGUUGUCAUUGGGGCACCUUUUAUCAGUAUUAUAUUAACUUCGAAAGAUUAUUAAAAUAUUUAAUGUCUCUUUAAAAAACAAGUGUACGUGUGCUCUGACUGCACCAUGAGCCACCCUGUGCUGUCUCCUCCCCCACCUGUUAGCGUGAUAUCACCUGUUAAUGUGAUAUUUACCUGAUCUGUCAGUGGACUUGCAUUGUCUCUGCUUGAUGGCCAGGUGAGCCAGAGAAGCAAACCGGAUCCAUUGCCUAGGGCAGACGUGUUCACAAGCUCCCCCUGCUGUGCCUGGUUUAAAUGCACUUUAGUCAUAAUUUCUGCAUCUACCCACAACUCUUAAUACCCACUGUGUGUCUACCUCAGGCAGGAGUAGUAGUGAGCAGAGAGUGGUUAGUUUGCAAAUGAUCGCUGACAAGGCAUAUUGUGUACAAAGAUUAUUGCAAUGGUGCGAAUACAGGGGGCUUUGAAUGCACAUGUGUUACUCAACCAGAGAGCAGAUAAUGGCACCAGUUGAACAUGUUCUACAACAUUGCAACACCGUGCUCCAGCUCUGCGCUAGUCAGUCCUUGGCCUGAGCCUACUAAACAGCGGGGAGAGGCCCAGUGGUGCUUUCUGCCCAGCUGGGACCUACAAACUGUGUGGUGAUGCCACUAUCUCAUUUGCCAUGAACAAGUAGCGGGUGGUGAUAGUUAGCUCCGAUCCACACCCAUAGAGACUAAAUCUCUGCUAUGGGGAAGGCUCAGCACCUGUUUCCCAACUAUCUGAGCUGCAUUUUCUGCCAUGUUAACAUAUAAAAUAUGAGCAUCUAAUCUGAAAUAUUUUGCAGGUGGGUUUGAAUGCACACUGCUGUGCUGGAAAAGGUUUUCCACUGUCAUCGUUUUGGCCUCCUCUUUUUCAGUCUCCUGGCUAAGAUCAAAGAUAGUAACACAUCUUUUACUGGGGACACCGCCCAUCUAGCUCCCUGUCCCUUGACCACCUCCUGCCACCCCAUCCAACCCCCUUGCCUUCCUGACUGCCCCUCAGGG